CACACCCGCAGCCCUCUCUCUUUAGGUUUUGUGUUGAAAGCCGAAGCAAAAACUCAAAGCCUCUCUCAGCCUCUCUCUCUGUUUCUCUCCGCGUUUGAGAUCUAAAUCCUCGCGUCGCUGUUUGCUGUUUAGAAAAAUGUCAGAAGAGCUGGAGUAUCGGUGCUUUAUUGGUGGCCUCGCAUGGUCAACAUCUGAUAGAAGUCUAAAAGAUGCAUUUGACAAGUUUGGAAAGCUUGUUGAAGCCAAGGUAGUUGUUGAUAAGUUUUCUGGACGCUCCCGUGGAUUUGGGUUUGUCACUUUUGAUGAUAAAAAAGCAAUGGAAGAGGCAAUUGAAGAAAUGAAUGGAAUGGAUUUGGAUGGACGAACUAUUACUGUUGAUAAAGCUCAGCCUCACCAAGGUUCAGGUAGAGAUUAUGACGGUGACCGCGGUCGUGACCGUGGUCGUGACCGUGACCGUGGUCGUGAUUAUGGAGGUGGACGUGGAUCAGGUGGAGGAGGAGAUUGCUUUAAGUGUGGAAAGCCAGGACAUUUUGCUAGGGAGUGCCCAAGUGAAGGUUCAAGGGGAGGCGGCAGGUAUGGUAGCAGGGAUGAUAAGUAUGGCGGUGGAGGUGGCGGUGGGGGUGGUGGCAGUGGUCGUUAUGGUGGCGGUGGGGGUGGACCUGAUCGAAAUGGAGACCGAUAUAGUGGGCGCAGCAGGGAUUCUGGUGGUCGUUCAAGUUCUGGAAGUGAUCGAUUCAGUCGUGACCGCUCAGGGCCAUAUGAACGUCGGGCGACAGGAGGAGGUUUCCGUUCUGGAUAGGACAAUUGCUUCGGAUAGUGCCUAGGAACCCGAGGAGCUGCUCGGCUGACUAUCACUGUCUGCAAUGCAUCGAAGUUUCCUCUUGCUGGAUGUGUUCUUGUGAUGAUUGUCUGGGUGGAUUAAUUUAGUUGGACCAGUAUUUUGAAGUGCGAAUCUUGCAUAGAUAUUCACCUGUUUUUUGUUGCUAAACGAUCAACCGAAUGUUUUGAUCCGAUGGAAUUUUAUGCUUGCUUGAAAAUGAUAUUUCAAUUUGGCCUUAUACUCUGUGAAUUCCAUUACGACUGGUGGUUGUCUAUGACUAUCAUGCAUCGGUGACUGCAAAUGCUAUGCUUCCUGUCUGUUCCUGUUCACUCUUUUGCUUGCGCCAUUGAAAUAUUGGAAGGUCAUUUGGUUCCCGUUGACUGUUUUGCAUGGGCAAUUGCGAUAUUGGAAGGUCAUUUGGUGUUUGGUUAUUUCGGAGAAUAGAUUGUGAGGGGUCCGCUAUUGGGAGUUUGCUUCUUGUUACUUGGAAGUAGAAGUGGUCCUAUAAGUAGAAUGUCCAUUUUGGCUGCCCUGUUUUCGGUAUCUUACUAAUAAAUGGGAGUCAAGCGGGAUCUGGUCUCUUUUUCGACCCAUGGUUGGGUUUGUGUUACUAAUUGGACAUGCAUUGUUUUAAACGUAAAUAUUUUGAAAGUCUUUUCGGCCAGAACAAGCCAUCUGCAAUUUAACUCGAACAUAAGCCCCCUCACCUUCACCACAGCACUGGUGGGAGAGUUCCAUUCUGCGUAAACAUGUGCAGGUUGUUGUUUGGAAGCUCUUGAUGAGUUCAAUAACUGCUCGAUUGUUUUGUCCUCUGGGUCUCCUUAUCACAUUGCACAUGGGGGGAAGGUUGUUGGUCUUGCCUUGUUUUACUGUUCCUGGCCGUGGUUUGUUUGCUGAGACAAGAGGAUGAUCUGUUUCUUUGUUCCUGUUCCAAACUGCUUUUUUCUCCUAGGGUCGUUAAGUGAUGCAAUAUUACCGACUCUACACUUAAUAACGUAUCUUAGCAUGUGGUUUUCUGUGUACAUCUAUUUUUUUUUUGGUUAAUUUAAAUCCAUUAUCGUUCUUAUA